CUGCACAGAGACUGGAAAACUAUUCAUAGUUUAUUAAACCACAUAUUACGCUAUACGUUUUACUCAUUUUUGUACAAAAAGUGCGAUUACUCUGUUUUUUUUUCAAAGCAGGUACUGUUAGGUGGAAGCAUUAACCGUACGUGUCGCUUUCCACUUUCACUGAAUUAUUAAAUCGCGUUAUAAAAACAUAUAAAAACAAACAGAAAAUUAGAGGUGAAUCUUCUACUGGAUGCAUGAACUGCAGAACGCAAUACAUUUUCAGUAUGACUUAUGGUUCCCAGACUUUUCUUAAAGCAACAAGUAGGUUGUAAAUGACCUAUACCCCAUCCAAUCUCCAGUUUGUUUAAACUUUUCUAGUGCGACCUACGUGUUACUAUUUCGCAUUGUUUAACCUUUCGGUUUCUACUUCUGUAAUAGGGUUGUGGUUUCAUUUCGCCGCCAUCCCACUUUAGGAAAGCGUUAAUGCUGCAUAAAAAACAAAAACUGUCAUAUAAGUCAAACCCAUCAUUGCUAAAACAUUGUGAACACAGCUGAUGAAAUUGGUGAUAAUGUUUGCUGUCUUUCUACUGCUGACACAAGUGGCUGUUGUUUUGUGGAGGGCUAGUUUUGCAAGAAAGUUGCCACCACUGCAAGAUGGAACAGGGCUGCAGUCCGAAGAAGUAUUUCUAGAUGGAACUGAAGCCAGUUCAUUUUUGGGACGCCACCUUCUUUUAAAUCACUUUGACUUUGAAAUAUUUACCAAAGGAAAUCUGGAAAGAGAAUGCAUUGAAGAAGACUGCAGUUAUGAAGAAGCAAGAGAAGUGUUUGAGGAUGAUGCACAAACAAUGGAAUUUUGGAACAAUUACCUACUUAGUAAAAUGGAUCAGAACACCCAGAAGGUUGAUAUUACUGCACUGUUGUCUGGCCUUAUUGGUGGAGGAGUGCUACUAAUUAUUGUGGGGUUGGUUAGCUGUUAUUUCUGUAAGAAAAAGUGCCAACCCAGAAGAACAGCUAGUACUGCAGGUGUUCGUAUAGGAAGAAGUAGUGCAUCAUUUGACCAUGGAAGAAUAGAAGAAAUUGCUUUAAAUCCAACUACACUACCUCUUGAUCCAAAACAGCCUGGACUUCCAUCCUAUGAGCAGGCACUGGCAGCUACUGGACAAUAUGAUGCCCGACCACCACCUUAUUCUUUGUCCAGAGCUGGUUCAUUACACCUGUAGCAGAAAACCUUGAUGGAGUCAAGAGCUGUAUAUGAACUAAAUUAUGGAAUACAAUAUACUGGAGCUGUAUUUACUCUGCAGUCUGUCAUUUCAUCUUGCUUCUAAUACUGGCUGUAAUGAAGAUCUAACCAUUCUUAAGACCAUAUGACUUUCAGAUAGAUAUAUUUAUAUAUA